UAUGCUGAUAUGACAAAUGCCGGAUAUUAUUUUAAAUCUACGCAGUUUAACAGUCAAAUGGAGAGUAUAAAAUCAGGUUUUCAGAGGAUCGAAGACACGUUACUCUGCUCACACACUUCAACAAAGACUUGGACAUCACCAACGCUCCUACUUUUAUUUUAACCACAGUGAACGCCAUCCCAGUUUGUUGAGAAAGAGUUCCUUCCCCGAAGGCUCUUUAUUGAAGGUAUUGCAGGUCUUAUUGACGAACAUGCUAUUCGCGGCUACCCUCCUCCUUGUUCUUGGUGUCAUGACGUCAGUCACCGAAGCUGCCCCUCAAACCAAGCGUUUUGGAGGAGGCGUCAUCAAAGGAUGUCCAUGUCGAAUGGUGAACGGUCGAAUCGAAUGUCCUUGUUCGGCUAAAAGGGAUGUGGAAGAUGUCAAAGAAGAUGGAGAAGUGGAUCUUGUUCGACGUUUCGGAGGUGGAGUUAUUAAAGGAUGUCCUUGCAGAAUGGUGAACGGUCGAAUCGAAUGUCCUUGUUCAGCUAAAAGGGGUAUGGGAGAUGACAAAGAAGUGGAGGUUGUUCGACGUUUCGGAGGUGGAGUUAUUAAAGGUUGUCCUUGCAGAUUGGUUAACGGUCGGAUCGAAUGCCCCUGUAGUGCAAAAAGGGACGUGGAUGAAGUAAAGGAUGGAGAACAAGUAGACAUUGCUAGACGUUUCGGAGGGGGUGUCAUCAAAGGCUGUCCAUGUCGAAUGGUGAACGGUCGAAUCGAAUGCCCUUGUUCGGCUAAAAGGGAUGUGGAAGAAGUCAAAGCCAAAGAACAAGUAGACGUUGUUCGACGUUUUGGGGGCGGAGUUAUUAAAGGAUGUCCUUGCAGAAUUGUGAACGGUCGGAUCGAAUGCCCCUGUAGUGCAAAAAGGGAUGUGGGUGAAGUAAAGGAUGGAGAACAAGUAGACAUUGCUAGACGUUUUGGAGGGGGUGUCAUCAAAGGCUGUCCAUGUCGAAUGGUGAACGGUCGAAUCGAAUGCCCUUGUUCGGCUAAAAGGGAUGUGGAAGAUGUCAAAGAAGAUGGAGAAGUGGGUCUUGUUCGACGUUUCGGGGGUGGAGUUAUUAAAGGAUGUCCUUGCAGAAUGGUGAACGGUCGAAUCGAAUGUCCUUGUUCAGCUAAAAGGGGUAUGGGAGAUGACAAAGAAGUGGAGGUUGUUCGACGUUUCGGAGGUGGAGUUAUUAAAGGUUGUCCUUGCAGAUUGGUUAACGGUCGGAUCGAAUGCCCCUGUAGUGCAAAAAUAAAAAGGGACGUGGAUGAAGUAAAGGAUGGAGAACAAGUAGACAUUGCUAGACGUUUUGGAGGGGGUGUCAUCAAAGGCUGUCCAUGUUGAAUGGUGAACGGUCGAAUCGAAUGCCCUUGUUCGGCUAAAAGGGAUGUGGAAGAAGUCAAAGCCAAAGAACAAGUAGACGUUGUUCGACGUUUCGGGGGCGGAGUUAUUAAAGGAUGUCCUUGCAGAAUUGUGAACGGUCGGAUCGAAUGCCCCUGUAGUGCAAAAAGGGAUGUGGGUGAAGUAAAGGAUGGAGAACA